GCGUCCACGCGUCGCCGUAUUGCGAACACGCAUGUUGAUAUCGCGUGUGUAUGUGUGGCACCGAGUGAUGCCGUGGCCAUUUUCGCGUGUUUGUCCCUCGCGAGUUUCGUAAUCAUUAUCAGCUCCAUAUUUGAAUUCAACAAGUAAUGCAGGUCGCCACGCUGCUUGCAAAGCAAAAUCUUGUCGCGUGUUGACGUGAACGCGAUUGACAACCGUGUGUAAUUUCUACGAAUUCGAAUUUUCCGUCACAUACGAGGGGAAAAAAAUUUGCGAUCUCUGCGCCGGAAUCGCCGCGAAUCUCGGUUCGGCUAGAAACGCGGAAAUAAUUGUUCGAGAUUCGUGCGUCGACUAAAAUUAUAUCGGUUUCCAUUUUUUUCGAGGAAGAAAAAGAGAGAGAAGCAAGUGUGUACGAUGUUCGCGAUUCGAUCUUUCGGCGAUCGCGAUAUAAGAUUUAAAUGAACGAUUUAAAUGGUGAAUUCGCUGACAGAUUUCAUUAUCGUGAUUCGCGAAUGGCAAUCGAUUGACCGAUUUAUUCUUAAUCUCGGCUGAGAGCAGGCAUGACGGACGCCAUUAGACGUCCAAAUUCCUCUCGGGAUAGAGAAAAAGAAUAAUCCGAAUCUCGCGAAAGAUGCGAGCGAAAAGCCGCGCCACCAGAAGUGACGUUUGUUUCCGCAGGAGCGAGAUAUCCGAAAAAAAAAAUAGGAAUUUCUCCGAGAUGCAUGUUCGCCGCGUGAUAGCCGAACGGCCAUUUUGUCGCUUACAUACUGACCAAAAGACUCUAUACAACAUGCCACCAGAUAGGCCAGAUGCAUCAGGUAUUGAAACUGACAUAGAACUGAACUCUACUCAGGAUUAUAAUUUUGGAGAAACAACUUACACAAUGAAUGACAAGGAGAAGGAAAAUGCCAGUGUGCUGGCUGACUCAAAUUCAACCAACAAAUGUCAGAGCGAAAUUCUUAGAUGUGAAAAAACUGAAAAAAACAUCGAAAAAAAUAAUCAGUCGGAUGAUGAGUUAACAUCUCUCAGUUGGCUGCAUCAACAAAAUUUGCUUAAAGGCUUAGACAUUUCAAACCCAUCCAAAGACAUGAAGCACGAAAAUAUGUUAAAUAAUAAUAUCUGUGACGAUAUGGCAGAUUUUUCUGAAAAUACAAAUUCUAUAUCAAGUUUAGAUGAUAGUUUCUGUCCAGAAAGUAAUGGAAAAACCAAUGCUGUAACAUUGAAUGGGAGUGGACAAAACUAUCAACUCUCUACCAAGAAUUGUCAAAAAUCGAUGCAAGUAUAUCAGGAAUCUGCGAAAAAUCACUGCAAUACUACGCCAAGUAAUCAAACGAAGAUUUCUUUGAGCAACAAUAAUUUGCCAAUGUCUAAUCGCAACAAGCAUCCUACCCAUAUACCAUAUGAUCCUCAUUUACACAGAAAUAGUAAACCGCCGUAUUCAUUUUCCUGCCUUAUAUUUAUGGCCAUCGAAGAUAGUCCUGUAAAGGCGCUACCCGUCAAGGAAGUUUAUGCAUGGAUUUUGGAUCACUUUCCAUAUUUUAGGAACGCUCCUACUGGAUGGAAGAAUUCCGUCAGACACAAUCUCAGCCUUAAUAAGUGCUUUCGGAAAGUGGAAAAAGCUCCGCCUUCUAUUUUUCAGAAUUUAGGCAAGGGAUCGUUGUGGAUGGUAGAUGCACAGUAUCGUCCGAAUCUGAUACAAGCAUUGUCUCGCGCUCCUUUCCCUCCACCUACGACUCAAAAUCUGUCUUCAUCGGAAAAACCUCCUAGAAAAUGCGCAAAUACGCGUCUCCCGGAUCCGAUUCUCUUCCCAUAUUUAUCCAAAAGACUGGCGUCCAGCAAUAUCAGCGAUAGCGCGGAAACUGAGAUAGAUAGUGAUGUUGAUGCAGCAGCAGCUGCUAUGCUUUCUUUUAAACAUGGACCCAUCAUUUUAAAUCACAAUAAAGAUCGUAAACGAAAAUUACCGGAAUCCGAAAAGUUGGUACCUGUGAUUACCAGGAGUUCCAGCGAAGACCAUACUUAUAGCUGUGUUACCUCGAUAAAAUUGGGAAGCAAAUAUUCGAGUGAAGAAGAACUGAAUUUAGAUUUUGAUGAACAAAGAAAAAUUGCGGAAGGUGCAGAUGCGCUUCUGAAUUUGGCCGGUGUUAGUACAGCGCUAAAUCACAAUAGAACACAGCAUCACACAGUUACACAAGACAUUAAUCCGGCGCCAAAAUCAGAAGGUAAUUCAAAACCAAAAAGACGUUCUGCUACGAGUGAUUACUCAAGCACUUCUGAAAAAAGACGUAAAAGAUGGCGAGAAUGGGGAGAGGGAAAUCGAUACCUAAAGCAGAUUAGAGGUUAACAUCAACAAAUUUUGUUACAUUUCGUAAAAUAUAUAGUAUCGAGAGCUUUCCAUUUCCAUUUGUGCGCGCGACAAGUGGAAACAUUUGAAAAUUCUAGUAACAAGUCUAGUAACAAAAGAAGCGCUUUCAUUUUAUAGUAUUGUCUGUAAAUUCUUUAUUUACCCACAUUUCUAAACGUGGCAACAAUUUACAAUUAGAUGGAGAUCUCUUUGUGUGACCGAGUCGAUUUCUCAUCGCGUAAGCAUACAAAGUUGCGAAAAUAAAUUCUUCCAUAAUUUCUAGUUCUUGCUAGAAAGGAUUGUUGAAUGCAUUUUGAAAUGAUUGGUGUGGUUGCUCAGGGUUUACAACAUGCUAUAUGCCAAAAUACAUUCGGUAGCACUAAACAACAAGCAAUAAUAGAGAUGUAGCGUUAAAGAGAUACUUUUUAAACACACUGUUGAAACAUGAUAUGAUUGAAUAGCUUGUGAAAUAUCAAUGAAAGAAAUUAUUAUUACAUACUGGAGAAAAUAACAGUAAUCACAUUUUAAAACUGUUGCGAGACGAUUAUACAUAUUAAGUCAUAGAGAGUUUAAUUAAUGAUAAAGUCCUAUAUCAGUUUUCCUUUUUUGUAGAUAUGUAUAGAGGCGUAAUUAGCACAUCUAUUGAAGUCGCGAGAGUAACGAGACUGAUCUUUUUCAAAUCAUGGUAAAAUACGAAAGUAGAGAAUCACUUUGAAUCACCCGGUGCUACCAUAUCGUUCAAAAUCGUUAAAAAAAAUUAGUCUGGUUAUUUCCGCGGCAAAUCGUGUAUUCGAGAGAGAUAGAAAAAUUUAUAAUAUAUUUAAAAAUGAUUACACACAUAUACACAUUUCUAUGUAUAUGUGUAUGUAUGUAUAUAUAUAUAUAAAGAGUAUGUACAUGUGCAUGUAUAGUGCAGAUGUGUACAUAUUACACGCAUUAAAAGCGACAUACUUAUUCAUGUAUAUACAAUCGAACUCCUUUAUUCUCGACUCAUCAGACUCAAACAGCCUCUAUUCUUGACUUUUUCUCCGAUUUCCACUCGUUUAUUCUCUGGCACACGUAGAGAAUAAAAAUGUCGUGCAAUCGUGUUCAAAUAUAUGUCCAUAACUUUACUAGUUUUAUUUUAUGCGUUCAUGAUUAAACGUAAAGAAGUAGCGGGAGAGCGUCACGAAUAUAAAAUAGAAUCAGGUUAUCGGGAAGUUUAGCUGGUUGUAGUUGAAUAAGGGAGUUCUGUUUAUACAUACAAGCUACUCCUGAAUUUUCUCGUAGAAACAACGUAAAAUAUGACAAACUGAGCCAUGGAAAAAUUCAUAGUCUUUUUUUAUUUCCAAUACCAAACAAAAGACAUAAAUGUAUACGCCAUUUAGACGGAUACAAAAUUAUUAAGGAUCUAGUAGAAUCUCUUCAUAAUAUUUGCCCCCGAUAAUUUUGAUUCGCCUUUACAAGUCCUUUUGCUAACACAAGUGCAACAAUUGGAGUUUUCAGCUUUAAUGCUAUAGAGAAAGGGUAUUUGUUAAUUUUUUCUUUCUAUGAAUUUUUCACAUUUCUAAUUCUAUACUGAGAAUUCUAUACCAGAAUUAUCAAGAGUCAUAAUUAUAUCGCAAAUUUCUUAUUGCGAAAUUUGUAUAUCCCCAUGGAUAAAAAAUUAUAGUAAUUUAAGAAGUAUACGCGUUUUCGUAGUUUAAUUUUUCCGUCACAACGUUUUUUCAUGCGCGAAAAAUUGGGAGAACUCGGUAUGUAAACACAUCAUGUGCAUCGUUGCACAUGUAUGAUAUAUGUGCCACAUACAGACACAUUAUCGAAAAAUAAAAAAUAGAAAAAAAUAAAAGAAAAAAAUCAGAAAAAUUAUUGAAUACGCGUUCAACGUGGUUUUGAAACGAGAAGGAAACUUUAUCAUUUCACAUCUUUUUCUAUACUCUCUUUGUGGCUUUCAAGAUGAUUUUUUGGACAUUGAUGUACAUAUGUAAACUUUCUAAUGUAUUCACAGACCAGUUUUGGUAUUCAAUUAUAGAUUGAAUAUAUAUAUAUAUAUAUAUAUAUAUAUAUAUAUAUAUAUAUAUAUGUAGCGAUUGAAUAUAUGAUUGAUGAUAAUAAUAUUGAUCGGAUGAAGACGAGAAAAAUAGCGCUACACGAAAACACAACCUAUUUUUAUAAAAACUGUAACACUAUAAGGAGAGUGAGAGAGAACGAAAGAAAAAGAGGUUUGAUAUAUAUAUAUAUAUAUAUAUAUAUAUAUAUAUAUAUAUAUAUAAUAUACCAUGUAAUUAUGUAAGAUAUAUGUACUUGUGCUACAAACAAAGCACGAGAGAGAGAGAGAGAGAGAAAGUAAUUAGGCAAACUGGUCUUGUAUACAUUAAUAUGUAGUCCUAUAUAGAGAGAACAUAUAUUUUUACAGGGCGCUGCCCGCGUGAUAAAGGCUCUUCCUAAUAAUUCGCUGGUACGCAAUUUAUUAGCUUAAAAAUAUAUUACAAAGUAUAAAUAUUAGAAAUUUUGAAAUGGAAACACACUGUUGUGUUGUAGCGCAACCUGAUCGAUUUCUACAUAUCACAAUGCAUGAUGACGAAGUGUCCUAGACAUUUUUUUCUCUUUUAUAGACGCAUCUCAUUUUUGUCGCCUCGGAACACGUGCAGAAUGACUUAUGACGAUUCUCUGAUAGAAUAUCGAUCGAAGAAUCCGUCAUUGAUAUCUUAGACUGUUUAUCUCAUUUGCAUGAUUGCAUGUACAUAUGUAGCAUAAUUCAGUGGAUACGUCGAAUAGUAUUCAGUAGAAAAUGCUAUCAUAAUAAUAGUAUAAUUUAAAUUAUAAAUUAAUAACUCUUUAGCCAAACAUAUUCACAGCAGCACAUUUUUAUUAUUACGUAAAAAUAAAUCUCCUUUAAAAGUGAAAAAAUUUUAAUCUUAUGAACGAGAGAUAUUUUUUAAGAAGAAACUGAAAAAAAAAAACACGCAUAACUUGGACUUUGACAGGAUGCGCUACAUCAAAUAUCUGAAUAAAUGUAAUUGUAGUGGAUCAGCUACAUACAUCAGAAAAAUUUGAUCCAAAGGUGCAAGAAAGAAUGCCAUGUGUGCUCCGUACACACAUACACACACACACACACACACGUGUGUGUGUGUGUAUGUAUAUAUAUAUAUAUAUAUAUAUAUA